AUGGAGUCGAAUUCCGACCGCGACAACGUCGUCGAUCUGCGCUCCCUCGACCAUGUCUCCAGCUACGACGACCAUCUGAUGUGCCCGAUCUGUCACUGUCCCUUUAUCCGCCCGGUGCGCUUACAGUGCGAUCAUGUCUUCUGCCAGAAAUGUCUCAACAGCGCGAUCACCAGUUUUGCGGCUGGUCGCGACGAGUUCACCUGUCCCAGUUGCCGAACACCGACCAAAGGCGUGUACCUGAACGUUCCCCGACUGUUGAUCAAUAUGUGCGACGACAUCCGCGUCAAGUGUCCGUUUGCGGAGGAGGGGUGCAAGGAAAUCAUUCCUCGGGGCCAUGUCCAGUCCCAUGUGGACAAAUACUGCGGUUACAGGUUGAUGGACUGCCCGGGUACGCUCUGCGACAAGAAGUCUCGGAAGAAAGACUUGCAUCCCGACCGUCGAUGCAUGCAUGAACUUCACAAGUGUCUGCGUUGCGAGGAGGAGAUUAUGGAGCAGGAUUACGAGGUGUGUUCUACACAUGGUCUAUCACUUUCAUGCUAUUUGAUUACUGACGAUGGUCUGUCGCCUCAGGAACAUGUGAAAGAACUUUGUCCGAGCCUAAAAACGACAUGCCCCGACUGCCAGACGACGGUUUUCCGAAAAGCGUUGAGGGAGCACGUUGACGCCUGUCCCGAGGCCAUUCACUCAUGCCCGGCUUCGAAAUUCGGCUGUCCCAUCAGAGUCAAGCGUGCGGAGCUCGUGGUGCAUGAGCAAAGCUGUCCCUUGAUCACCAUGGGCCCGUACUUUGAAGCUCAGAACGCACGACUUGACUCCAUGGAGCUGACCAUCCGUCAUCUCCAGCAGCGCAACGAGAUCUUCGAGGACGGAAUUGCCAAUAUCCGCUCGACAUUGGUGGAGUCUACUCGGUCGAUUCCGGAGCGGAAUCAUGCUACCGAGGACCGCCGAGGGUCUCCUUCGGCUUCCUCAGCCCCGGAAGCCAACGACCAAUCACAGCUGGACAAUUCGAAUGCAUACACGUCGAACGCCACGACGUACUUGUUGUCCCUCCACGAAUCCCUCCGGGAAGAGGUCGGGCAGCUCUCGCAUGCCAUCACCGAUCUCGACGCUCGUGCCAGCAUGGCCAUCAUGAACGAAUGUCUCCGACUCAAGGAAGACAUGGCUCACACGAAUGCUGCCGUUGGCAGUAUCCGCAUGCAAGUCCAGUGGCUCAUGAACCCUCGCAUUCAUCAAGGCCAGCGCGCCGGAGUGCGUACCAACGGUAGCAGCAAUGAGCCCGGAUCUUCAACGCCAGCAGGUCCCAGCCAUGGACCUUCUGCCGGUAUGUUUCGAACACGUCGACUCAGCGAUAGUGGACGUGAAGGCACCAAGCUGUAG